GCGCAUGCGUAGGCCGCCUGCGGGGUCGGGGAGCCCCUCCUUCCUCUCCCCUCUCCGCUGCUGCCGGGGGUUGUCACUAGGUAGCUGCGGCACUCCGGACGGGAGGAUGGAUUUUGAGAAUCUUUUCUCCAAACCCCCCAACCCGGCCCUGGGCAAGAAAUCGGUCACGGACUCCAACGCCAAGGACUCUGACGACAGAAUCGAUGAUGAAAUAAAUGAUACAGAAGUUGAAGAAACACAAGAAGAGAAAAUAAAAGUAAAAGUGGAAUGUGAGCAUAUUCCCAAAAAAUUUAGGCACUUCGGAAAUUCUACAACUUCACCAGAGAAUUUGCUACAUAGAAAAUCAAGAAGUAAGGACUAUGAUGUAUACACUGAUAAUAUCUGCAAUCAGGAACCAGAAGAUACUUUUGCUAAAGAGCUUCAACAGUACAAACAAACCAAGGAAAUGGCAAAUGCUGCUCAGUCCGUAUUGUCUCAUAAAGAAUCCUUGAAGAAAGAGGAAGCAACGUGUACACAGAAAGGUAAAGAUGUUAAACAAGGCAAUAAUAACUUUAAAGCUGCCCAUAAGAAUGGUAAACAGAAGAAAAUGAAGCGGAAAUGGCCUGGCACUGCAGACAAGGGACCAAAUCCAUCACUGAGGAACGGUGGCUCACCGGGACAGUUUAGGCACUUUGGAAACUCUACAACCUCACCAAAGAAUUUUCUAUAUCGAAAAUCAAGAAGUAGGGACUAUGAUGUAUACACUGAUAAUAUCUGCAAUCAGGAACCAGAAGAUACUUUUGCUAAAGAGCUUCAACAGUAUAUACGAGCCAAAGAAAUGGCAAAUGCUGCUCAGACCUUAUUGUCUCAUAAAGAAUCCUUGAAGAAAGAGGAGGCAAUGUGUACACAGAAAGGUAAAGAUAUUGAACAAAGAAAUAAUAACUUUAAAGCUGCCCAUAAGAAUGGUAAACAGAAGAAAAUGAAGCGGAAAUGGCCUGGCACUGCAGACAAGGGAUCAAAUCCAUCACUGAGGAACAGGUACAAGGAACAGGAUGGUAACCCUAAAGAGAAGCAGCAGCGCAUUCAAAUGAAUCAGGGGUUCAUCAACCAACACACAGUGAAUCAAAAGGGAAAGCAAGUUUGUAAAUAUUUCAUCGAAAGGAAAUGUAUUAAGGGAGACGAGUGUAAAUUUGAUCACGAUGCAGAGAUAGAGAAGAAAAAGGAAAUGUGUAAAUUUUAUGUACAAGGAUAUUGCACCAAAGGUGAAAACUGUCUGUAUUUGCAUAAUGAAUAUCCUUGCAAGUUUUACCACACAGGAGCAAAAUGCUAUCAGGGCGAGAGCUGCAAGUUUUCCCAUGCUCCUCUCACUGCUGAAACACAGGAACUGUUGGCUAAAGUUUUAGAUACUGAAAGGAAGUCAUCAUGAAGAU